UCAUAUACAAUGAAAAAGAAAAUAAUGCACAUGUAGUUUGACUAUUUUGAGCGAAUAAUUCGACCUUUUGCAAACAAAAAGACGCCAAAGACACAAUUCAGUACUGUCUAUACAAAGUACCCUCUGGAAAAAAAGAAGAAAAAAAAACAUCAUGGGUUAGGAAAUUGUAUGGAUAGGAAGCAUUAUGUUCUGGUGCAUGGGGCUUGCCAUGGAGCUUGGUGUUGGUAUAAGCUCAAGCCACUCUUGGAAUCUGCAGGACACAAGGUCACAGUGCUUGAUCUUGCAGCUUCUGGCAUCAACAUGAAGAGAAUAGAAGAUGUUGUUACUUUCUCAGAGUAUUCUGAACCUUUGUUGCAGCUAUUGGCCACACUUGCCCAAAAUGAGAAGAUAGUUCUAGUUGGUCACAGCCUUGGAGGACUCAGCAUAGCACUUGCAAUGGACAAAUUCCCAGAAAAGGUAGCUGUUGCUGUUUUCUUAACAGCUGUAAUUCCAGACACUGAACACAAACCAUCCUAUGUCUUGGAAAAGGUUUGCUUCUCAUCCUAAUCUUAAUACUUAAACAUUUCGUCAGUUUUCAAACCCCACGCAUGUGCAA